AUGGCGCUCAGCCCCCCCGAGCGGGACGCGCCGGGGCUGCCGCUGCACUCGCCAUGGACCUUCUGGCUGGACAAGUCACUUCCUGGUACAACAGCGGCUGAAUGUGCAUUAAAUUUGAAGAAGAUAUAUACAGUACAAACAGUGCAGGAUUUCUGGAGUGUCUACAACAACAUUCCUCCUGUGACAAACUUGCCUCUGAGAUGCAGCUACCAUUUAAUGCGGGGAGAAAGGCGCCCGCUUUGGGAAGAAGAAAGCAAUGCCAAAGGAGGUAUAUGGAAAAUGAAGGUCCCUAAAGAAAGCACGGCUGCAGUUUGGAAAGAGCUGCUGCUAGCAACUAUUGGAGAGCAGUUUACAGAUUGUUGUGCAGCAGAUGAUGAAGUAAUAGGGGUUAGUGUCAGUGUUCGUGACCGUCAAGAUGUUGUGCAAGUCUGGAACAUGAAUUCCUCUUCAGCAAGUGAAGCAAAAGUUUUAGAAAAGAUUCACCAACUUCUCCCACACACAUCUUUUAAAGCGGUCUUUUAUAAAUCCCACAGAGAGCAUCAUGCUUUUGAAGGCUGAUGUACAAAGCAUUGAGCCAAGAUCAUUUGUUGUUAUUUGGUGUUUUGAGCUGGUCUGGACAAGGAGGAGGAUGGUGGAAGCCCUGCAGAAGUGCUACACGGGGUUGGCCCUUUUGAGUUUCUGACAUUUCACACUGGCCUAUUGCUACUGAAAAUGAAAAAACCCUGAACAGUUGCCUUGACCACUAAAUACAUGAUUCAUUGCUUCAUGUUGAGAUGGUGUUUUUAGUUCUUAGUUGUUUCUCUAAAAAAUAUUUUGGCCACUUUUUUGUCAACCUCAUUAUAUUUGUUCCCAUUUCUUAAAGAUAGUUGACUUCUUCUGUGCUGUACUUAAUGAAAAGCAAACAUGCAGAGAUGCUGUGCUGCUUUUCCAAGAUGUGCUGUACAUAGAGGAACCCUGGCUUGGGGAAAUGUGUUUUCAAUUUUCAUUUUGAAACAUUCCUAUCAUGUUAAAGUUUACUCACUGGUUUGUCCCAAGAGAGAAAGAAAUUGCACUGCAUUUAUUCUAAUGUUCAGUUUAAUCUGGUCCUAC